AAUCACGUCACUCGUCUUUGCCUAUGCAGGCGCCGACACAGAUAUUAGCUGUGCGGCCAUUGGCCUGUUGUUGGGAAGGCUGUUAUUGGCUGUGGCCGGAGGGGGGGGAGUGCGCCGCCGGUUCUUACAUCCGGGUAAACAAAACGUUACCGGCGCCGUUGAUUGGUAAAGAGAGUAUGGAGACCCAUCAUGUCACCCCCACAAGAUCAAGCCCAAGGAAAAAGUUCUUUACUUCUCCACCUGUAGCCGUGACAAGCCCAGCAAAGAGACAGAAAAACAGUCCAAACAACUUAUCUUUUAAAGAGACGUCUCCCAGCCCCCGGCAGAGAAGAAAAUCUUUAAGAAGAUCUGUUGGCAAGAAACAUCGUAGGACAUUGCCUCCAAUCUACCACAAUGCUGCAGCGCUCAGUGACGCCAUCAGUUUGGAAUUACCAGAAAGCGAUCGGUUGUCUGAACUUCUGCAGUCUUGCUUUGAGUUCUCCCUUCGGAGCUUGGAAAACUCGCUUUCUCUUACAGAUGGCUUUGGCGCAGAAUCAUUCAACGUCAGUACCGUGUCAGUGAAAGAGAAGUUUAAACGUUUCGUAGAACGAUUGUCCCGUGAUGGAACUUUGAUAAGAUGUACGGAAAAGCCAACCAGUUUCAUGCCAAGUGAAGAAUUUGAAGUUGCUCAGGUGGAAAUCAAUGACAGUAUCUCUAAGUUCACUACAGAGUCCAGACGAUGGGAAGAGCUCCUCAAAGAUUACAAAGAGAAAGCGGAGGUCUUAUCCAGGCAUCUUGAAGAAAGCAAAGUGAAUAACGGCUCCUCUCCCAGCGUUCCUGAUCUGCCGUCUUCCCAAAAUCAAGUGCUUCAAAGCAAACCGGACUACGGCGCUAUCUUACACCAGCAGGGGGCAGUAUUUGACUGCAUGGAAACUGUGCUGGAUAACGUCCAACAGUCGGUCAGUGUGUUAAACUCCUUCCUAAAUAACACCACUUCCCAUCUCCAGCAAUUGUCGACACAACUGGAAUCCCGGUCUUUUAAACCAAUCGAAGACUCGCCGGUCCGAACAUUUUUGAAAAUUUAUAAAAAAUGAAGUGUAAAAUGUGGAUUGUCAUCAUAAGGUGGCAUUCUUGUAUAUAGGGUCUAUAGGCUAACAAAAACAUAUUGUGAUACAGUGUGUGUAAUAAAUUGUUUCUGUUCAUGUA